AUGUUCAAACUUUGUGAAAAUAAUACCGACUUAGCAUCAGCUCUAAAACUUCGAGAUACCGUUGGUCGGCCUAGAGUAGAAGAAAACCAAUCCCGUUUACUUGGAAUCAUAAAGGAUAUUGCAGUUUGUGGUGCAGCUGAUGAUCGACGUCGCACUGAAACUAUAAGGUGCCGCAAAAUAUUGAACGAUUUACAAGCCAAACUUUGUAAACAGGGAUAUAGUAUCAGUCGAUUAGGCUUAUACUUGAGACUUCUUCCCAGACAAGUCAAUACAAAGGAAGGAAAGAGACACGUCGUAACUGUUUCUGUUAAACUAUGCAAACCAGAUUCUACGCUACAUUUGAAACAUCAAGAUGGCACAUUCUGUACUGCUGCGAUAACAAACCUUGAAUCUUUAGCUUCAAUUUUGGUCCCUGAUCAAGUUUUCUUUUUAUCAAUUGAUGACAAAGCACGCGGGCCUUUAGGUAUUACAGCAGCAAAUGCUCAAGCACCAAUAUUAAUGCACCCUUAUUAUCGUGUAAAAUUACCGGAUCAUGAUUUCGUGGUACCUCUGUUUAUGCAGGUAUUGUAA